GCACAAUUUCAUAUGUGCGUUACAUUUGAUGACAUCCAAUGUUAUAAGUGCAAAUGGAGAUUGCAACAGAAAUAUUUCAUUACUAGCUGGCCAUUAAACUCUCGCCAUCUUACUAACAAGGUUUCAGAAACCUGGAGAUUUUAGCAAUAAGUUAAAUCAGAUUACUUAUAAUUGGCGGAAAAUUCUUUGAGUCCAUAUUUCGUAAUGCAGUGGAAAUCUAAGAAAAUUGAGGCAAAGGACACUACUUUCAAUCCUGACAAUAUUGGUGAUAUCGACUUCAGUAGUGAAGAUCUUGAACAGGAAUUACUUGACUUAUUGCAUGAUGAUCCAACCCUUGAGAUUUCUAAUAAAUCUUCGUCUUUUGAUCAGGAUGAAAAAAACUGUGAUGAAGACGAUGAAUUGUUACUUGCUGAACUAGUAAAAUCAAUGGAAAGUGGGAAAUCUCCUGUACCGAACAGAGCUAAUAAGAUGGAUGAAUUAGAAAUCAACGAAGAUAUUUUCGGCAAUCAAAAGACAAGUACUGGUAGUACUUCCAAGCUGCCUCAUCAAACAUCGGGGUUCGAAGGAAGUGAUUUUGGAUCGUCAUUGCUGAGUUCUCCAAGAAACAGUGGUCUGACGACGAAUUCAAAGGUAAUUAUCAUGCUUUAGUUUGUUGCUUUAUGUAGAUAUACAAAAUACGAGUUGCGUUUCUUAUUUGUUAGAAAUUUUAGUGAAGGACCGUUUUACAUGUCAAAGAGUAUUGCUUUAUACACUUAACAAAAGCUUUUCUCUCGUAAUGAAUCUCCUCACUGUUGACAUAUACAUAUACAUACAUAAUUUCAAGGGCAAAGUUGCUAUACUGAUACUUAUAGAUUAGGUAUAUAAAAUCGCGUCAUAUUAUUAGGAUUUAAAUACAGAGGAAGACGAGGGUAUCAUCGAAGAAACGUUCACAAUGUUUUCGUAAAUUUCUCUGUCGUGUGUCUUAUGUUUCAUCAGAAAUAUAACGCUGUUGUCAAACCAUACUCGGUUAUAUUUAAAAUUCAUAAGUCAAAUAAUUAUAUAGAUCGCAUUCAGACAUUGGUGUAUACAACGUACCACGGAAUUAACGACUGAACGUCAUUUAACACAUUAGUGAUAGAAUGUUAUAAAUUUUUUAGGUCAAGAUUGAAGUCUAGAUGUGAUUACCAGGUUCGGUUCUUGUUCGCCAUAUCAGAAGGUUAUAAAUAUAUCUAUUUGAAAUGGCUGUACCUUUACAAGGAUCCUUCUAUAGACCUAAUAAGUUUUGUAAUCCUCAAUUAAUUGAGCUUAAGAAGAAAACCCUGUCGCUGUUCAUUGUUCAUGGUGAACUGAUUUACGAGAAUUCACUUUGACGAUCCAAAUAUUCUGUAAAAGUCAACUUCGACGGUCUAUAAUACCAAAUAAAUGCUAUUUCCAUAAAAUAUGAGCGAUAAUUAUGAGUCAAUGUUGAUGAAAUCUACAGCAAUCUCACUGAUACUUAUUUUGGAAAGCAAAUAUUUUAAUUGAACACAUAUAUUCCAGAAAUUACAGAAUACGCAUUAAUUUACAAGGGUAAUUAGGUUGGUACAAUAUGGAUCCAACAUAUAAAAAGAAACGUAGAUUGUUUCAAAAUAUAUGAUACGUAAAUUGUUUGGGAUUGGAAACCUACUAAAAAGAUAUUGGUAAUGCGAAGCAUAUGGCGGUAACAGUUUCUAUAGCUAUUUUAAAAUAGACUGAAUAUCGAUAUUGGUGGCUACAUUGUCAUUCCGGGUAGCUUCGUCUAAUCAGUCGACUGGAAUACCGUCACUUCAGCUUUUGCCAACGGUAUAACAGCAAAAAAGUCAAGAUACAAAGUGGUUAGAAAUAUUAUACUUCAGACAUGCAACUCAGGCGAUCAGACCGCUAUCAAGGAAGAGUAAGUGUAGGGAUUGUCGUGUUGUAUGUAGAAUGACUUGACAGUUAAUCAGUGCGUGAAUUGUUUAAUCGGUUUAUAUGGGCUGAAUGGACAAUAGACAAACAAGCCCAAAUCGAUUCACACGUAUAUUAAAAUGUAUGUGCAUAAAAGUUGUCCUUAAUUAUUUGAAUCAGUACGAAGUAAUUAGUAGGAUCAAAAUGACACAUGAACGUUGGGCUUUAUACCAGUUCAGAAUGCCCUUGUUUGGGCGUUCGCUGUAGGCAAAUAAUAUAAAGCUGUUACAUCAUAACAGAUAACUUGGCGAUAAAAUGUUCAGAUAUUAUGAAAAUCUAAUAUUUUGUUUCUAUGUACUUCUUGUUCUUUGAUAGAACGGAACAAAUUGUGAUAACGACGAUGAAUUGUUACUUGCUGAACUAGUAAAAUCAAUGGAAAGUGGGAAAUCACCUGUAUCGAACAGAGCUAAUAAGAUGGAUGAAUUAGAAGUCAACGAAGGAGAUAUUUUUGAUGAUCAUAAAAUAAGUACUAGUAAUACAUCCAACAGUGGUUCAGUGACAAAUCCAAAGGUUGUUAUCAUACUUCAGGAUAUAUAUAUAUUACUAGUGACCUCAAUAAUAAAAACGAUUAAACUUCCAAAGUUCUCAUAAUCUCACUUGUGAAAUGGAAUAUACUUACAGGUGUAAGUACAUUUAAAGCAUUUUCAGGGGAAGCAUCGAUGCAGCGAACAAAGAAUGAGAGUGACUUUAUCUCACGGACAGAUUAUGGCAAAUUAUACCAGAGUCUGGAAAGUUUGCUGGUAAAGUAAUUCACAUGGUGAUAAGAUUUAGAAUAUUCUGGGAACGGUCGAACAAAUACUUUAUUCAUCAAAGUAUGUGACUCGUUAUUAUAGAGGUUACAAAUUAUGCAACCCAGAAGACGUUAGGACUUGUAGGUCUGUUUUGAGACCUGUUCUGUGAAAGACCAGUUGUAGUAGUUUUAACAUGUGCAGAACAAAAACUGGUAUGAGGAUAAAGUUUUUAUAAAUCGUUAAAAAUAAUGAUAAUUAUUACACAAACUCAUGAUGCUUUAAAUCAUUGUUUUUCGACUACAUUAACCUCAAACCAAUGAAUAGUUAUAAAUUAAAACUUACUUUAAUUACUUUUGCUUAUUACGAAACUAGAUAGUAUCAUUGGUUUCUGCACAAGAUUUUUGACUCGUAAAGUAGUGAUUGAUUUACAUAAAUUCUGUCCGUGAAAUAUCUAAAAAGUUUUGGAUUCGAUUACGUGAGUUAGGGGGUUAUAAAGGUGCUUAUUAUUGAGAAGUUUUAAACUAAGAAGAAAGCUGCUGAUUACGUUAAUACUAGAUAGGGUCUGGAUUACCCUAUUAUUGAUAUUCAGGACUGAAUCCCGAAGUGGGAUUCAGGUCUUGCGUUAUGUCCUAUUUGAAACUCGUACUUUGGAUCCAGAUUCAUGCUGCAUAUGAGUACCAUAUAGGGAGAAAUUCUCGUCCCAAAUUCCACUGCUAACCACAAUCCAUAUAUUCUAAAAACAAGUUUUUAAUGCUUCUAAGCUUUUAUCCGUCCCACAACUCGUUAUUGAUUUGUGAUAAGUGCUGUUUUAAUUUCCCUUUUACUGAACCUUAAAUUUUGUUGACUGAAAUUACAUUUUCUUAUUUAAAAUUAAAAUAUAUUUAAUUAACAACCGGCAAAGGUACCUUCAAAUAAUAAUGCUUUGGGAAAUAGUUCAGGAAGUACUUUAAAACCGACUGCCGCUGAUGUAAAACCUGAUAUUCGUCAAGCUGUAUUGGAUUAUAUCAAUCCAAAAACUUCUAAUUCUGGUCUAGAUUUAUUGAAAAAUCGUCAUAAAGAAUACAAAGUGAGUUUCCCUUUUCUUUCAGAACACCAUCCGUUUAUCGUCCUUGAAGCAUAUUAGAUUUCUGUUGGAUUACUUUGCUUUGAAAAUUUCCUAUUCAGUUAAUUAUUGUCAACAGUUAUUACGAUUAUACAAUAGUAAAUGUUAGUUUGAAGUCUAUUUCAAUUAUAUCCAUUUCUAAGUAGAACAAAGUAAAUUUGUAAAAUAGUUUAUACUAUGAUUGUUGUUUCACUUUUCUUUGUCAUACACUUUUCUAUUAUAUCAAUUGUUUGGUUUAUUUCUACUCUGGAUGUACGCUACUCUAUUUCUGAUAACUGGAAAAAUUCAAAUUAUGGGUGCUGUAUAGGAAUGGCGAUGGUGUAAUCCAGUUUUAACUUUUUUUUUAAACUUCACCCUUCAUGUAUGUAAGCAAAUGAAUCAUGCAAAUCAUAGUAUGUAACUAAAUAAAUCAAGCCCAUGUAACCAAGAGUCUAAGACAAAAUAUAAUGAAAUUUUAAUUUGUUUGUCACUGGUAUGUUGUGUUCCUGAUCAGUGGAGUUUCUUGUAUCUGUUUUUCCAUCUUUUCAAAAAAAGCUUUCUUAAACGCUCGAAUCUAAUCUGAUUGUUUUUCUAAAGUUGUCUCAAAGUUCAACAUUCCGUAUUUCUAUUGAUUAGUGAAAUUCAUAAAAUAAUAGACUCAACUUCAAACUUUUGAUAUAAUGUAGAUUUUUUCAGAAUCGUAGAAAUAUCUUAAGUAACUCAUGUAAAUAAGACACACAAAAUUAAGGGUAAAAUCUUUCAGUUUAUCAUGAGUUUGUGAAUGCUAGAAAUCAGUACAGUAGGUUAAUAACUCAACAACAAUACUUGCUGUUAAGUGUGAAUUUAUGUCAGGUGUUUAAAUGUAGUUGACAGCCUAACAUUUCAAUGUGAUCCACAGUGUCAAGUCAUUCAUACCAGUUGUCACAUUGCAACUUAAUUGAUAGGAUUCGAUCAAGAAUAAAAAGGACUGGAAAAAUGUAACACUGGUCACUAUUCAUUAGGAUGAAUUCUGUAAAAAUACGGGAUUUUUAUUUGCUGUUUGCAAACUUAAAGUACUGAUUUAUCAAAAUAAAUUAUAUUUGCAUCCUAGGUAGAUACAUUUUGUAAAAAAAUAUAUAUAUAAUUAUCUAUCAUUUAAUCAUCCUUUUAAAAUCUAUAGUGAAAAACAAAUUUCUUAAUACUUAUUUGCAGAAUAAGCAGAUUAUAAUACAUAUAAACCUAAUGUAAACAUUUAUAAAACUCAGGUAUUACGUCAUGGUGCUUCUAUCAUAUCACUUAUCGUGUGUAUUUCAGGUUCUAAAAUGUAGAUUAACGGGAUACGUUUUCUCCCCUUUUUCAAACCAUUGUCUCAUAGAUGAUGGCUAUUCCCAUAUGAUUUGAUUUGUUUAGUUGAUUUUCAUAGUUUACACCACAGACUGACCUUGGUUGCUCAGCAUUAUGAAUCAAUUGAAGUUAGAAAUGCAAAUUAUUGGGUACAAACCUACCGGUUUAAAAGUUAAGCCCACGCCGCGGGAUAUGAGGAUCCCAUAUUCGAUCCUUGGAGGGGUCGUGGCUGUGUAUUUUUGGGGAGUCCCAUACUAAUACAAAACAACUUUUCGGUGCUCCCAGGUUUUUACCGAUGGUUCAAUCGAUAUCCCUUCGUAAUGUAAACCAUGCAAUCCGAAGACCUUCAUGAACUCUCUACACUAUAUUGCAUUUUAGUAUAUUCAUUAUAUAACCAAUUAUUUCAGGCUCCAUGUUCUGAUUUGUGCUGUGUAUUUUUAGAUCCUCCAACUUCUUUUUUAACCAUUUGAUCACAGUUUUGAAUCGUAUUCUAUCUAAUACCUCUGAAUAAUCUUUUUUGUUUGACUCAGUAAAUGUAAAUCAUAGCUUUGUUGAAGAACUUAUCUGUACUAAUUCUGUUCUGUGAGUUCUAUCGUUAGGUUGGUGAAAAUUUUACUAAUACUUUAGUGGUUGGUAUUUUAGUCAAAAUACCUAUUUUUUCUAACUGAUUAACUCUAGACACAGUACGUACCUAUAACACUAGUAGGACAGAUCAGUAUUUAAACAUAAAUAUUGGUGUGUUAAGAAUUGUGUGGGUUUACGUGUAUUCAACAAGAAUCAUCCGUUUUCUGUGAAAUUCAGGUCAAAUUCAUUUAUGGGACCAAAAUAUAUUGUGCUUUGUGUGAACAUGAUAUUCUAGAUCGUUAGAGAUACAUUUUUAUAUACUUCAGAUUGUGUUUUAAGAGCUUGGUUUUCUAAAAUUAUCUCACUGUCGUCUGUUCUCAUGUUUUGUUUUUUUAAGAAGAUCCAGAGUGUAGUACUCAUUCUCUUAUUAUGUAUGGUCGCAUAAACAGCUGUACACAUGUAAUAAUGUAUGAGUAUCAAACGAGCUUGACUCAUGUUAGCUACUUUCUCAAUUUUUAUAAUGCAAUCUAUGAAAUAACUGUUUGUUAAAAAUCUUUUCAGACGUUUUAUUUGAUAAUUUAUCAAAUUAUGAAUAGUUUAUGGAAAUCGAUUCAUAUUUGUAGAAAAAUAAACGGUGUCAAAGCAGACAUAUUUCUUUACAACGAUCGAAAUAUUUCGAUCGUACUUAACGUACGGUUUUGACUUUGACGACACACAGUACGCUUUUAUGUCACCAAAUCCAGCGUUUCGAGAUGAUGUUAACGGUCAAAAAUGAUAAUAUGUACUGUGCCCGAACACGCACUGUUGAGCUUCAUCAUGAGUCAGUGUUGUUAGAGAUUGGUAGCUGACGUUCAGAGGCCCGCUCAUGACCGAAUAUCAUGAAUUUACAAAGCCCAGUUUUAUUUUUUCAAGUAUUAGUUCUAUGACAUCAACACUACUCAUUCUCUUUAGUACUUUCAGAAUUUAGUCAAUUGUAAGGUCGAAGGGGAAUGAGAAAAAUUGGAAAACUUCCUCAGUAUCCUAACCCUAUUGUUUGAAGUAAAAAUGGUGGUAAAAUGGAUUGUGCGCGAUGGCUUUCACGAUAUUAUUAUCCUGUUUAAUUUCUUACUCACUUUGCUUUUUGCCUUCGAAGGAUGAGUAUUUUAUUUAUUUAUUUAUUUAUUUGAUAUGUGAGUAAUUUUCAUAUAUACUGUUGCCAUUAUGUACAUAAGUUAGCUGCUUUGAAAGCUCGUGAUACAGGCCAACUAGGGAAAGCAAAAGAAUUAUUGGAAGCAUCAAAGUGUAUUGGAGAAGCUAUCGUGAAUAUAGAAGCUGGCAAAGAAACAUUCGAUCCAGAGACAGACUUACCUCCUCCUCCAUCGGAGUAUGAAUUCUCUAAUGAGGGGGAUCCAAACAAUGAAACUGUGAUUGCUCAGCCACCACCUUCAUCUCAGCCUGUAAAAUCGACUAUACCAGAUAUUAUGAAAACGUCUAUUGUUUGCACAGAAAAUAUCUUAGCUCGUAUAACCUACUAUAAAGAAAAAUUAAAGGAAAUAACCAACGAUGACUCAAAGAAACGUCGUUACAAUCGUAUUCUCACACGGUAUGAUGAAGGACUGAGAGCUUGUGAACGUGGAGUUACUUCGUUUGAAUUUGAAGAGUUGGUCCCACCUCCAGGUUAUCCUCCACUUACUGAUCGUUCUAAAUUAAGUAAAAAUGUAAAACUAUCUAACAAUGAUCCAAAAAUAUCUCUUGCAAAACCUAGCUCUGGGCAUCCAAUAAGAAGUAAAACGGAAGCAAUUGUUGAACUAUUAACUAAACGUCAAGAUGAGUUGAAACAAGCCGCUAAAGCUGCAAAACAAUCUGGUAAUAUUGAAUUGGCUAAAACGUACAUUCGAUCAGUUCUUGGAAUGAAUCAAAUGAUACAAGCUGCUGAAGCUGGCUUACCAAUAGAUUUAACUCAAUUACCACGGCCACCUGCACUUACUGAUUCUAAUCCAUCUAGACCUAUAUUAAGUGGAUUAAAAUGUGAUCCACCUGUAAAGUAUGCCGUUGCUUUUAAUUCUUUAUCAGGUGAUCAGUUAUUUAAAACAUACUCAGAAAUUUUAUCAGAACAAGAACAACUAAUUAACAAUUUAAUAAAUCAACAUCGUCGUAAUGGCGGUGCUAAUGCACAUUCGAUAUUAUCGAAAUUAUCUGAUUUACUUAGUGUGAAUACGUGUAUCAAGAAAUUAUUAUCUAAAUACAAUCAACAUGUAUCUAAUUUAACCGCAUAUUUUGAAUAUGCCAAUUUGCCUAAAUGUAAUUUGAAUGCUGAAUUAGCGGAUGAUAUACUUGAAGUUAGUAAUAUUCAUGGUAUAGCUUAUCCACUUCCAUCACAUUAUUCAAAUAUUGAUACUUAUGUUGAAGUUGAAUUCAGUUUAAAUAAUGCCAAUCCACCAAUGAAGUUAUCUACAAAUGUAGUUAAAUCAAGUAGUGAACCAAUAUAUAGUCAAUCAGUUAAAGAAUUUCGUGUAAAUACAAAAAGUCAUUCAUAUAGACGAUUUGUUCAAAAUAAUCGUUGUCUAAAAGCAACAGUAUAUUACAAUCGUGGUAUAUUUCGAAGCUGGGGUGUACUAGGUAUAACUGAAAUUCCUCUUACUGGACUUGUCCAAUCGGCAACCGUAACUCAUGUUGGUGAUUUGAAAGAAGGUCGUAAAGUAGUAGGGGGUCGUCUACAAGUACAAUUAAGACAACGUGAAUCACUUAGUGGAGAAACUGUUGUUUAUCAACAACAGCCUUGGCUUUUAUUAUCUGCACCGAAACAGAUUAAUGAAUCACCUAAACUUAUUGAAAUCGAAAAUUCAAAAAAUAAUCCUGUUUCAUCAUCUUCUUUGUCUACACCAAAACAGACUGAUUCGCCUAGAUCUAUCAGAAGUGAAAAUAUAAGGCAUAGCCCUGUUCCUUCAAUUUCAUCAAAACAAACUAAUUCACCUAAACCUAUCAGAAUCGAAUAUGCAAUGAAUAAUCCUAUUUCUUCUUCUUCUUCUUCUUUUGUCUCUACAAAAGCAACUAAUUCUGUUUCAUCGUCAUCAUCUCGUGUUGUUAUCGUAAGAAACAUAGAUAAUUCUUAAUUGUUUCAUUAAUUGAAUACAUAUUAUGAUACUUUAUAUUUCACUUGAAAUGUCAUGCAUCAAGAAAUCAAGUACAGAUUUGCCUGUUUUUUUUAAUCAAAUGAACAUAGAAUUACCUGUUACAAUAAUUAUUCAAAGGAUAAUUCUAUCUAUAUUCAUCCAUCAUUUCAAAGAGAUGUUUUAUGUAUAUAAUUCAUUUGGUAAUAAUGGAAUUUGUAAUAUUACAAAAUUAUUUUUCUUUCUUUUUUUUAAUUUCCACAAGUCAUUUUUGAUUUGUUUUCUUUCUUUUUUCUUUUUGAAAAAAAAAACUAUUUUCAGUAGUACUAUAAUUCUCAUUAGAUAUUUGGUUUCUUGUAUUUACUGAUUAUGAAUCAGUUAUAAGUAGUAUAUUGACAACUGGUAGGAUUUUUCAUCGGUUUAAUUUGUCACAUAUUUACGUGUGAGUAAUUUAUCUCUAGGAGUAAACAAUUUAGUACUGAUAAAAUUUCAUUCAAACUUCUGGAAAUCGUUUAUUACAAAUGAUUGAUUGACAUAAUAAUAUUUAUAAUCUAAGCUUUUGAACACUUGCGUUGGUUGAAAUAAUUGAUAGUCACAUAUUCAUAUAUCAGAAGGGGUUUUGUAAAGAUUGUAGUAAUUUCAACAGUUGAGAUCAUGAGUCAGUUUAAGCUAGACCACCAUGGAAAACCUGGAAGCACUGGACGACCGUUUCGUUCUAUUGUGGGACUCCUCAGCAGUGCGCAUCCAUGACAUAUUCAUGUGACGAUUACGAGAUGGGGAAGAUUUGUAGCUGAUGUGGAUAAUUUAGGUGGAGUUUUGUUCUAUGAGCUAUAUGGUUUGUUCGUGGAGCUUUUAUUGUUCAUCUGAACAUCAUCAUUAGCACAAACUUCUACCUGACUUUUUUUGACGAUGAUGUUGUUCAGAUGAACAACAAGAACUCCACGACCAAACCAUCCAAAUUACAGAACAAGACCACCUAAAUGUGACCAUUAUGUUAUUUUGUACAUGCGAUGUUAUUAUUUAGCAUAAAAAAUAAUGUGCAACACAUUAUAUGUCCUUCUAAUUUGAUCACGUAAUUGGGUUUUUUGCGUAUGUAAAUGCUGUUUAGAGCCCAACGUUCUUCCUGCCAACGCGUAAUAUGUAUAGGAAGUUAGUGUAAUGUUG